AAAAAAACAAAGACUCAAGUAUAUUGUCAGCCGAUGAAAGUUUCAGUUUGUACGAGAAGUUUCGAGAAUUCUCCAGGACUGGGAAUGAUGGGGUUAAUAAUGCCGCAUUCCAUCCAAAAAAAGAAUGAGGGAUGCCUCAGGUCUGUAACUUGAGCUGAUGGUUGGAGUCAGACAUUGCAGCUGCAAAACUUUUGUCUUUUUUUUUUUUUCUUCUAGGAAGAACAGAAAGACUUCAAUUGGAUGAAAGGCCGAGUCACAUUAUUGUGGAAGCCAAUAGAAGAAGGCGUUACAUGUUCCACUGAGUGCUGGUCCUGACUUGGAAGACAGAAGUAUCUGGUGUGUAUUUUUGUUGCAGAGUGCCACGUGUAUAGCAGCACUGGUGAACAGACCAUGGCAAUGCCUUCCUGCCCCAAGUUACUUCUUCUUCUGCAGGUUCUGAGUCUCCUUGCUGGUCAUAGUCACUGCGAAGAUAAAGAAGAACAGAUUAAAUUGGAGGUGACUUACCUCCCUAGUGUUUGUACGCAAAAGACCAAAAGAGGCGAUCUGGUGAACGCACAUUAUGACGGCUACUUGGCAAAGGAUCUCUCUAAAUUUUAUUGCAGUCGAUCAGAAAAAGAUGGACACCCCAAGUGGUUUGUACUCGGAGUGGGACAAGUGAUAAAGGGACUUGAUAUGUCAAUGCUGGAUAUGUGUCCUGGAGAAAAAAGAAAAGUCAUCAUCCCACCAUCUUUGGCCUAUGGAGAAAAGGGAUAUGACAAAAUCCCACCUAAUGCAACUCUUAUCUUUGAAAUUGAGCUAUUGGGAAUGAGCAAAGGACCACGGAGCGUGGAGGCAUUUGCGCAAAUUGAUUUAAACAAUGACAAAUUCCUCUCCAGAGAUGAGAUAAGUCAUUACUUAACAGAAGAGUUCAAGAAGGAUGGGAAAAAGCGGGAUCCCUCUAUGCAUGGACGGAUAUUAACAGAUAUUUUCCAAAAAAACGACCAUGACAGUGAUGGCCUAAUCUCAGCACGGGAGUACAACGUUUACAGACAUGAUGAGUUAUAAUAAAUUAUUGCCCUGUGCGUCCAUUGUAAUCUUUGAAUUAUUCUGUUUGACAGAAGAAUAACAUAAAUUCCUCAGUAAAUAUACCACAAAAUCAGCCACAGUAAUUUCUCUGAGCGUUUUCUGCUGCGUAAUUACUGGUGCAGAUUUUGUCGCACAGUUUUACACAAUGUGUGAAUUCAGCUACAAGCCCCAUUUACAUGUAGAUGUUUUUCUGAAACGCCCGAGUAUCUGAUUUACUUUUGGUUCAGCGCAAUCAUUACACAUAUCCACUAUGUUCUGUACGUGUAACUACAGAAUAAGCACUAUUUCCCUAUACCACUAACACUAAUGAUUUUUUUCAGUUUUGAUGAGCCCUCUAGUACUACAUUAAAGGGGUUGCCCUGGCCAAAAAGUUUUUUUAUUUUUUAUUUUUUUUAUUAAAUCUUGCCAGGGAGAGGGUAAGUUAAAAAAAUUAUACUCCCGCACCGUUGCCAGUAUAACAGAGCUCUGGUCCCUACUGCCCGAGGCUUUUGAGUUUGGGGAUGUGAUGUCACAUGCCCAGUCAGAGGCUAUGACAGAACACCGCUGCCGCUAGUAAUUGGAUAAGUGAGCGUGUGAGGUCACAUCUUCAAACCUGACAGUGAGAACCAGAGCUCUGUUAUACUGGCGGCAGUGCAAGAGUGAGGAAGAUAAGAUGAUAAUCUUUGGUCACGUGAACCCCAUCACAGCCAAAAUCGCCAUGUAGCCCUAGCCUUUUCCAUAGAAAACAUUCCAUUUAUACACCGAUAAUUUCUAACACCUCCAUUUCUCUGCAGAUCUGUCAACAGACAAAGGUUGUUUUACGACAGCCUAUAGUCAGCAGUCCACUGAUAAGCUUCAGGCUGCAGUAAACAGCAAUCUGCUGAUGUAUAAUGUGCACUGGGAAUAUGUCUUUGGAGUUAUGUAAAACUAAACAUCUGUGAUUUGCAUUAAAAUAAAACAAUAAAACU